GUGUAAGGAGAACUCGGUUCUGCUCAUGCAUGCUACCAUUUACAUUCGUUUCACUUCGCUCCGUAUGUCGUAAAUAGAGAUCUAGACUCAGGGCGUACUGCGUGUAAAUGCACCCAUCAGGAAGAGUUAAGUUCCAAUCUGAAUGUCAUACAACAUUCUGUGUGAAAGAUUUUGGUGCGAAGGAAGAAGGAUGAAAGUUUAGGAAUCAAGCAACUGUGACCUUGCGCCUGUAAUGAAAAGUUAAGAACCAGUUACGUAGGUUUGUGUGGCUGCAUUAAAAAUGGAGGUAAACGAAACAGAUGAGAGCUACAGACAAAACCUAGGAAACACCUUUGCAUGUGAUAUCUGUGGCGAAACAUUCGCACGUUCAUCUUUUCUUAAACUGCAUUAUAAAAUACAUACCGGAGAAAAUGGAUUUAAAUGUGAUGUUUGUUUGAAAACAUUUGCAUGUAAACCUGAUAUUCAGUGCCACUAUAAAUUACAUGUUAGAUCUAUUUGUGGAGAGAAACCCUACAAAUGUGAUGUUUGUUCCGCACAAUUUAAGUCCAGAUCCUGUUUGAAAAUACAUUAUAAAGUACACACUUUUAUUGGAAUAAAAAAGAACUAUAAAUGUGAUGUCUGCCCGAGAGCAUUUACAGCGAAUUCAAGUCUACAAAUACAUAAGCAAAGACAUGCUGGAAAACGGGAUUUCAAAUGUGAUAUUUGUUUUAAAGCGUUUGUUUGCAAAAAUGAUCUUAAAUCUCAUUACGUACUACACGAGAAAAGUGGUUCAAAAGACUACAAAUGUGAUAUUUGUUGUAAAAGAUUCGCAUUUAAAUCCUAUCUAAAAACUCAUUUUAUAAUACAUACUGGGAGGAAAGACUUCAAAUGUAAAGUUUGCUCUAAAUUGUUUUUACGAAGUUCUGAUCUAAAAAGACAUAAUAGAAUACACACUGGAAAAAAAGAUUACAAAUGUAAAGUUUGCGCAAAAGCAUUUAGACAUUAUGGUAGUCUUAAAAUACAUUAUAAAACACACACUGGAGAAAAAGGAUACAAAUGCGAUGUUUGUUUCAAAGAAUUUUCACAGGGACCUCAUCUCAAAACACAUCAAUUGAUACAUUUUGGAAAAAUGGAUUUCAAAUGUGAUGUUUGUUCGAAAACAUUUUUACGAAAAUGUGGACUAAAAUCACAUAGUAAAAUACAUAUUGAAAGGAAAGACUACAAAUGUGAUAUCUGUUCUAGAACAUUUCGCACAAAACACAAUCUAAAAAAGCAUUCCGUCAUACAUUCUGGACAAAGAGAUUUUAAAUGUGACACUUGUUUCAAAACAUAUUUUCACAAGUCGGCACUUGAAUCACAUUAUGAAAUACAUACUGAAAUACGAAAAUCGUUCAAGUGUGAUCUUUGUCCAAAAGCAUAUUCUCACAAAACGAGUCUUCGACAUCACAUAAAAUGUCAUACCGUGAGUGUAAAGAAGGACUACAAAUGUAAUAAGUGUCCUAAAACAUAUACAACACGUUUUCAACUCAAAAGCCAUAAUAAAAUACAUACUGGAGAAAGAAAUUUUAAAUGUGAUAUCUGUCAAAAAUCAUUUGCGCAUAAGAACAAUCUAAGAUUACAUCUUAUAUUACAUACGGGUGGUGAAAAGAAGUUCAGAUGUGAUGUUUGUUCUAAAGCAUUU